AUGUCUCAACUGCAGGAAGAGGCCCACAAUGCGUCAGUGCUAGAUGUAACAGCAAUGAUGCCCACCUCAAAUCGCGAAAUAUACCUCACAAAUAUUGAAAAAUUUAACCACUUAUUGAACUGCCUUACUGGUCAAGCUCUAGAGACAGUACAGGCAUUUCCUAUUUCGAAUGAAAACUAUCCAAAGGCUUUGGAUAGGCUUAAAUCGCGCUAUGACAAUAAUAGUCUAAUCUUCGCCGAAAAUAUCGCGACACUAUUUGAUCUACCAGCAGUAUCGGGUCAGUCAAGCCAACAACUCCGUAGUCUGGUAAACAAUGCAUCCGCUUUGUAUGGUCCACUCUGUUCGCUAGGUACAGAGAAACAAAUAUGUGAGGCUCUACUUAUCUCGCUAAUCAUGGAAAAAACGGACGCAAUUACACGUAGGAAAUGGAAUGAAUCGCGUAACUUCGACACAUUACCCAGUUGGGAGGAUUGCUCAAAAUUGUUGGAUAGGCAUUGCCAGUUUCUCGAAUCACUCGACAGUGGAAACGGCAAUCAGUCAUCACCACAACGUAAACCUAAUAAUCUUAACUCCAAGACUAACAGACGCUCAAAACAAUACGCAUUUGUUGCAUCUACAUCCAGCAAUUCUUGCUCAAUUUGUUCUAGCAAUGAACACCUAAUACAGAAUUGUCAUCGUUUUAAGGCACUGGAGGUGGUUCAAAGGUUUGAAAAGGUGAAGGGCCUUAAACUCUGCAUAAACUGCUUAUCGCGACGCCAUCAUGUGGUUAAUUGCACAUCAACGUUUAAAUGUAAGGUUUGCGCAAAGCCACAUCACACUCUCUUGCAUCAUUCGCAAUUACCAACGAAUAUUAAGAGCGCCGGAUCAUCACGACGCACAGAACACGCCGCUAUGCCCAACGACAAUGUUGCCAGCCAUUCCCAUCUUAACAUGUCAUCGGCCGAGCAAAUAAUUCUAGCCACUGCAUUGGUUUUAGUGAAGGACUCAUCGGGAAGUUAUCAAGUUCCAUCCAAUACACCUCUCGCCGAUGAGCAAUUCUUUAAAUCCAAGCGCGUUGACCUUUUGCUUGGAGCUGAAAGUUUCUUUGACAUUUUGUCUGUCGGUCAAAUCAAACUAGGUGAAAAUCUACCAGUACUUCAAAAAACACUAUUAGGAUGGAUCGUAUCUGGCAAGUACAAGGGUCAGCCAUUUGCAUCACCAGCAGCAAAAUGCCUAUUAUCAGUUGAAGAUACAAUUUCAGAUCAAUUAGAAAUGAUGUGGAAGAUAGAGGAAGUGCAACCGGCUGCAAAGUCAUGGUCACCAGCACAUGUUGCGUGUGAGUCAUUAUAUCGUGAAACGGUCCACCAAAAUGCGACGGGAAGAAUUGUCGUUCGGUUAUCAUUCAAGGAUUCGCCAGAUUGUCUUGGUUUGACACACAAUAUCGCCUUACGCCGUUUUUGUUCUGUAGAACGGCGCUUGUCAUCUAAUCGUGCACUAAAGCAAGACUAUCAAGAAUUCAUGAAACAAUAUCGAGAGCUCGGACACAUGACGCGUGUUGAAACUCCGAAAACCAACGAACCACAUUAUUAUAUCCCUCAUCAUUGUGUUUUAAAACCGUCGAGCACAUCGACCAAGCUGAGGGUGGUUUUUGAUGCGUCAUGUCCAACAACAUCGCAACGUUCAUUAAAUGAUAUUCUACUG